AUGCUCGCCCUUCUCACCAUUUUUGCUGCCCUUAGCACUAGUAUAAUCGCUGCUCCAAGCUCGCUCACACUUUUCGAUCCUUCUGGCGACUUCGACUACCAGAUCGGUGGCGCGUUCACGCCCGUUUCCUCCGUGACCACCGUAUCGCGCGACCGAGCAGACAGCCCCGUCAAGGGCCUCUACAAUAUCUGCUACGUCAACACGUUCCAAUCGCAGUCCGGAUCGGACAAAGCUUGGUGGGAGAAGAACGCAGCGAGUCUGCUUCUCCAGCAGAACGGCAAGCCAUAUCUGGAUCCGGACUGGGACGAAUAUAUUUUUAACACGUCCACCGUUGCCAAUCGGAAUGCCCUUGCAGCCAUCGUGAAGCCAUGGAUCGACGAAUGCGCAUCUAAGGGCUUCAACGCUAUCGAGCCUGACAACCUCGACACAUACACCCGUUUCAAACAACUCUCCAAAGCCGACAAUGUGGCUUUUGCCAAGAUCCUCUCAGACUACGCGCACAGCAAAAACCUUGCAUUUGGACAGAAGAACACCGCCGAGUUGAAACAGGCUGACAAGACCGCUGGUGGCUUCGACGUUAGUGUUCAUUCAUGA